UGUCAUUCAGCAGUCAAAAUGACCGGUCGCGGUAAAGGAGGAAAAGGUCUAGGCAAAGGUGGUGCCAAGCGUCAUCGCAAAGUGUUGCGGGAUAACAUUCAGGGCAUCACAAAACCUGCCAUCCGAAGAUUGGCUCGUAGAGGGGGAGUGAAGCGUAUUUCUGGAUUGAUCUACGAGGAAACCCGUGGCGUGUUAAAAGUGUUUUUGGAAAACGUAAUUCGCGAUGCUGUUACGUACACUGAACAUGCAAAACGCAAAACCGUCACCGCCAUGGAUGUUGUAUAUGCGCUGAAACGUCAAGGACGCACUUUGUACGGAUUUGGAGGUUAAAUUUCAUUGGAACACGACAAAAAACGGUCCUUUUCAGGACCAACAAUUAUCUUGGAAGAGUUGGAACGGACGGACUACAUGAAAACGAAAAUCACCCGGUUUCUUUGUGGGUGUU